CGGCCACUUCGGCCAAGGCGACCACUGAAUGCGUCUGAAGGCGACCCACUGUGAUUGCGGAUAUCGAUUAGUAAUAACCCCCGAACAACAUUAACAAGGAUAAUAUUUAAAACGAAUAUUUUUGCAAAAUGAUUCGGGUUUUUGGAAAAACGACAAUUCAAAAUGUCCGAUAUACACUUUUGAUGAGACCGUACAAUCAGCAGUUUCUGACAAGUAGCAGCGGUUCAUCAACAUCGGGAUCGCAAAUCACAAAUGUUCCUGGACUUAGCAAAAAGUGUGUCGAUAUGCCUGAUACCCCUGUUGGACCCAGAGCGUCAAAGUCUGGUGAAUACAAAAAUGCAGAAUACUUUUGUUACAACGAGAUGAGUUUUGCAGAGGCAGAAGUGGAAAUGGCUAAAUUUCGACUGCCGGCCCCAUCUAACAAAAAAAAACCCAGCAAGUAAACAGAUGACGAUGAUUUUCAAAUACAAGUUCUAGUUCAAUGUGUGAUAAUUCAAACCCGUGUGAUGUUUGAUGAAGUAUCAUUUUGUUAUUAGCUGAAUUGAGUGAUCCUAUAUUUUCUCAAAAUUUUUUUUGAGGAAAAGUUACCUAAAUAUUAGAUAUCCAAAUAAAUUUCAACUGUACAUAGAAAAA